AUGCCGCCAGGGCCGGCUGCAGCUCCUGGAGAGGGGGGCGCAGCCGCGGCACUGCCGAGGGGCAUCCAGUCGGGAACAGGUCUGGUGCCACACUGUGCCCUCGACUUCUGCUCACAGAGCGAUCCCACCCAAGACCAACAGCUGCAGCAAGGACGCGGCCAGCACAAGCCGAUGUCCCGCUGGAAGGUCCCCAUGUGCGGGGCUGGAUCCCUCCCCUUUCGGAGCCAUGAAAGCUGGCCCAAGACCAUGCCAGCUGCCUGGAUGGAGGGAGGCACUGCCAAGGAGGAGGCGAUCGCGGCGGCAGCGAUCCAAGGUCCCGGAUUCACCGGGAGGGAUGGGAGCACGCAUGUCACCCCGCAGAGCUCCGCUGGUGCCACUGAAAACGUCCCACGCUACCCAGCUCUGGCUGGGAAAAGGUGGCUGCGUGGGGAACUCGGUGCUGCUGUCAAGGGCAGGUGCCGUGUCCAGCAGUGGGACUCAGAGGAGCCGGUGCCGCGAGCCGAGCUGCUGGCAGGCGUGGCGGGGAAGCGUGGGUUGCUCUGCCUCCUCUCUGACCGCAUCGACCGCGAGGUGCUGGAUGCUGCCGGUGGAAGUUUUGAGGUAGCCCCCCAAGGCUGGCAGCGUUGCCCCAGAGACCUGCGCUUGCCUUGCAGAGGGAUCCGCGUGGGGUACACCCCCGAUGUCCUGACUGACGCCACCGCAGAGCUCUCCGUAGCUUUACUUCUGGCUGUGUGCCGCCGGCUGCCGGAGGCAGUGGAGCAGGCAAAGAAUGGUGGCUGGACAACAUGGAAGCCCUUAUGGAUGUGUGGCUACGGUCUGUCUGACAGCACGGUGGGCAUCAUAGGACUGGGGAGAAUAGGACAGGCGGUUGCCCGCCGCCUAAAGCCAUUUGGGGUCAAGAAGUUUUUGUACACUGGCAGUUGCCCGAAGCCAGAGACUGCUGCAGAGUUUGAAGCUGAGUUUGUCCCACUCAUGAGGCUGGCUGAAGAGUCGGACUUCGUUGUGGUGACGUGUGCUUUGACUCCGGCCACCCAGGGAAUGUGCAACAGGGACUUCUUUGGCAGAAUGAAGAAGACCUCUGUGUUCGUCAACACCAGCAGGGGGGCCGUGGUGAACCAGGAGGACCUGUACGAUGCUCUGGCUCACGGGCAGAUCGCAGCAGCGGGGCUGGAUGUCACGACGCCGGAGCCGCUGCCCACUGACCACCCUCUGCUCUCCCUCAAGAAUUGUGUGAUUCUGCCGCACGUCGGGAGCGCCACGUAUGCCACGAGGAGCACCAUGGCGGUGCUGGCAGCCAACAACCUGCUCGCCGGGCUGCGAGGUGAGCCCAUGCCCCACGAGCUGCUGCUGUGA